CAAGAGAGGAGAGGAGACCACGUCCUGCGCUUGUGAAGUGGUUGCCCACCACCAACUCCAAGAAGAGCCCGCGGCUCGCGAGAGGCGGGAGCUAGCUAGCACUAGCAGCCAUGGCGGCCACCAAUCCAUGACCAGGCGGCAGGAGCCACGGCUACCUACUAAACCCUCCUCCAGCCGCCGCUGCACCAGCGGUCAAGAAACGCAAGUAGGCACGGUACUCGUGCGCCCACCGUCGCCGGCGAUCGACGAUGAGGGUGAUGGGCUACUUCUGGUCCACCAAGGCCGCCACCACGACGUCGCCGUCGACCAAGAAGAAGGCGAAGAAGGACGGUCGCGGGGCGGCGGCGCGCGAGGACGCGGGCCUCCGGAAGUCGCUGCUGGAGCAGCCGGCGGCGCCCGCGGCUGAGGGCGGCGUGCCCAAGGGGAACUUCGCGGUGUACGCCGGGGAGGAGUCCCGGCGGUUCGUCGUGCCCACGGGGUACCUCCGGGAGCCUGCGUUCCGGGACCUCAUGGAGCGCGCCGCCGACGAGUUCGGCUUCGCGCAGGCCGGCGGCCUGCGCGUGCCGUGCGCCGAGGAGGACUUAGAGGACCUCCUGCGCCGCCUCCAGCGCAAGAACGCCGCCGGUGGCAAGGGGAAGAAGGCCAUCCGGUAGGCGACUGGAGAAGGCCUAGUAGGUUUUUUUUUUGUACAAUUUGCUUGACGUGUAGAUGAGAUCAGCUCAGCUCAGAUGAGGGUGCAGCUCUCCUGUACAGACAAUACAGAGCGCAAGCAAGCAGCCACAUGCAUGCAUGCGUAGCAUAGGUGAAUGAAUGGUGUGUUGAUUCAAUGUUCGUCCCGUGAAACAUGGAGUAUGUAGAAAAUUCCUGGGGGGAAUUGGGCUAUUUAAUGUUCAAAACUUGUAAGAUUUGAAUUUGAGUCAAAUUUCUACGUCCAAAGAGGCCGUAGGAGAUUCUUGUUUGUUGAU